AUGCUGUUUUAUAGCCAAAUUGACGACCUCAACAGUACUAAGCUUGGCGAAGGCACUUAUGGUCACGUCAUAAAAAGUCGAUUUCGUCAGACAAAUAUUGCUAUCAAAUAUGCCACUGAUCCUUCACACAGGGAGAGCUUGAUAAGGGAAGCAAAAAUCAUCCUAACUCAUAUCCGGCACCCGAAUUGUAUUCGGAUUUUUGGAUUUUAUGACUGCCCGAAGAAUGGCAUGGGUGUGGCGAUGGAACUAAUGGACUGCAGCCUUCUUACAAUGAUUGUUGAUCCUAGUUUAGUGCUGACAAAGAGGACCAUUGAGUACAAAAUUGACCAUGCUAUUUCAUGGCUGUACCAAUUGUCGGAUGCCAUGAACUACUUCCACAGCGGAAACCAUGUUCAUAGAGAUUUAAAAUUGCAGAAUCUUCUGUUGUGUAAUCGUUACCAUACUCUUAAAGUUUGUGACUACGGAACGUUUACGACUCUACACGAAUCGAUGACGUUGAACCGAGGCACACCAAUAACGAUGGCACCUGAAAUCAUUAGAGGGUCGAAGCAGUACACCACGAAAAGCGACAUCUACAGCUUUGGCAUCAUUAUGUGGCAAAUAAUCGCACGACGUGACUCACCGUAUUUGGCAUCAAACCCACACGAUGCUUAUGCAAUUUAUUGGAACAUAGUGGCGAAAAACCUACGUCCACCUCAGAUUUCAUGCAAUCCGGUCCUCUCACGAUUCUAUGAGCGGUGUUGGCAUGAUGAUCCGAACAAGCGUCCAAACAGCCAAGAAGUAAUGAGGUACUUUUCACUACUGAAGGAGGUGAGUUCGCACUUUAUCGUAAACCAAUGCUACGAUCCAUCACCGUCCUGGUACCAGACUAGCCGCAUGAUGGCAAAUCUUCCUCUGAUCCACAAUGGCGACGACUAUCUGUGGUGGUGA